GCUUCCGUGUCCGUCCAGCAGGGGGGGUGCGGAGGACGGGGGCUGGUGAUGUCAGAUGUCAUUAGCAUAUUUCUGGCUAUAUCUAAUGCUUGCGCAAAGACGCGCCACAACUGCUGCAACCCACUAACCAGAGACCUUCGAGCCACCAGCCAGCACUCCGACUCCCCGCAACCAUGUCUGACAAGCCCGACAUCUCUGAAGUGGAAAGUUUCGACAAGUCCAAGCUGAAGAAGACGGAGACGAAGGAGAAGAACCCCCUGCCUUCGAAAGAAACCAUCGAGCAGGAGAAGGCGGCGGCGACGUCAUGAAGCCCCCCCCCCUCCCGUGCACUGUCCGCCCUCUCCUCCCGCAUUGCCUUGUUUUCACUCACUUCUUUUAGCUGUAUAACUUUGUAACCUGAAAUUAUGAAACGACAACAGUAACCAAGCUGCACAGCCCGCGGCCAGAGGACGCCAGAUGAUGCCAGUCUGCUCGUUGCCCCGGUGACCGACCACCUUCACGCUCGUCUUUUCGUCAGGGGAGAUGAGGAGAUGCACCCGGGGCGCGUGGGGUGAGAAGAACCUGCAGAAGACGGUCCUAAAGGUGCGCAUCUCCUGACCAACACCACCUUUAUCUUAUCGCCAUUGAUGUUCGGGGGCGUGGCCUGAGGGAUGGGGCGUGGCCUGCGUCCCAGGAAGUUCUUCGUCGUGUUUUACCAAAACCACCAACACCCAACUUCCUGUGGCUGCUUUUUUGCGCCAAAGCUGAGGCGUCAGGCUUUAUUGUUUCUUCGCCUUCUAAUUUUCAGAAAUGCACAACUUUCUGUACGCUGGCCAAAAUGUAAAUGCCCCAAAUACUGAUACUGUUGUUUUGUCACAAUGUUGUUUUUUUUCUUAUGGAUUCCAUCUUGAUGGGAGAGAUGCUCAAAUGGACCCGAUUUACGGUAUAUUUGAACAUUCUUUGCCCCAGUUUGAGUGAUUUUUGGGAUUUUUUUUUUAUGUUGCAGUCUGUCUUCAAAUUGUCUCACAAUGGAGAGAAGGAAAAAAUAACACUGGCAAUUGAAUCCACGUGUUUGCUUUUGACUGUAGAUCACAAUUCUUUGGAGUUUUGUAAAUUCCCAGAGUUCAUGUUAUUCUGCCACAAACCAUUACAAAAUGGAAAACCGUGAAAUGUUGUAAUAAAAAAGAAUUUGUUACUACA